ACUUCGCUUUCACCUGCGUGCUUGGCACCAUGCUGGCUCUGGUGGUCUUCUCGUUGGGUUGUACUGUCGAAGUCAAAAAGCUCUGGUUCCACAUCUGCAGGCCGUGGGGCAUCGGCUUGGGUAUCGUAUGCCAGUUUGGGCUGAUGCCUUUCAUUGGGUACGUCCUGUCCAUCGCUUUUGCUUUGAAUCCCGUCCACGCUGUUGCUGUCCUCAUCAUGGGAUGCUGUCCUGGUGGAAUCAUUUCAAACGUAAUUACCUACUGGAUCGAUGGGGACAUGGACCUCAGCAUUGCCAUGACAACCUGUUCAACCAUCCUAGCUAUGGGGAUGAUGCCUUUGUGUCUGUAUAUCUACUCUUCCUCAUGGGUGCAGUCAGGCAGCAUUAAAAUCCCUUAUACCAACAUAGGUAUCACCCUGGUAUCGCUGAUUGUACCUGUCAGUGCUGGAAUUUUUGUAAAUUACAGAUGGCCAAAGCAUGCCAAGAAAAUUCUAAAGGUGGGAUCCAUAUUGGGCUGGUUAAUCAUUGCCAUUGUGACAGUGAUUAGUGUGGUGUUGUUCAAAGGCUCAUGGGUAGUCGAUACCUCAGUUUUAAUCAUUGGAAUCAUAUACCCGAUCAUUGGCUACGUGUCUGGCUUUGGAUUGGCAUUUCUUUUAAGGCAACCCUGGAAAAGAUGCAGGACAAUUUGCUUAGAAACGGGUGCUCAGAAUAUUCAGGUGUGUGCUACUGUGCUUCAGACGUCUUUUACUCCCAAACAACUGGUCCUCAUGUUCUCCUUCCCGCUCAUCUACUGUAGCUUCCAGUUCCUGCAUGGAGUCAUCUUUGUUAUAGCUUACCAGUUAUACAAAAGAAAAUUCAGAAAAGUCCUGCUGGAAACAUCAGUACAAGAAGAACCCAACAAGGUGUCUGAAGGCAACGGCAUCACCUGUAAGGACAUGAAACCAAUAGCAGAAAUAUUUACACAUGAUGAACGAAAGAGCAGCAAGAUGUGAAGAAGGAAAAUGAGCAACAGCAUUGAAUAUAAAGAGCGAAAGGCUAAAAUUAGACCGGUGGAAGGACAAGUCACACUAUGAACCUACGUUAAAAAUAACUUAUCAACAUAAUGUUUUUCAUUAACCCUUCCUCAAGGAAAUGCUACUUUUACAAUUGUAUUUUUAGCAGACUGUAUAAAAAAGUUUAUGGUUUAUAGAUCUUACCCGUUUCUAAAGGUUUUCCAACAAUUAACCUAAAUUAAUAUAUUUCUAAUACAAAUAUGCUAUAUCUAGCAAGGCUGUGUAAUUCAGGACAAGAGAAGUUGUAUUGGGGUGCUAAGUUGGCGGUUAGAGCAACCAUCACAAGACCAGAAAUAGAUGGAGUCCAGCAAGACUAGAGAAUCUACAAGAGCUAGAGGGAGCCAAUAGCUGCAUGAGUCUGCUUGAAGCCUUCGUGUCAACUGAAUCGCUCCAGGGCUGCACAAGCAGACGAGGAAAGAGAAGCUAAAAGAUGACAUGUUUUGUGUGGUUCACCACUCUGACUGUCUUUGACCCAGUUAUGUGUAUGAUAAACACUUCCCAGUCUGAAACGGGCUCUUUCAGCAAUCAAAAAUGUAAAGCAUAUUUCCAAGAAUUAGGCCUGUUAUGGAAAUUUCAGGUUAGAAAGAUGAAGAUAUUUAUUUUAUAUAUUUAAUAUUUUUUCGACGGCUGACAGGAAUGCAAAGGCGCCAGUCUGCCUGAGCUACAGGCGUAUCUGGCAAAACAGCGAAGCAAAUGUGCAAAGCAAAAUACUGCACAUUAUUGCUGACUUAUCAGACUCUGUUUUCGAUGCAAAUGAUCUGGAGUUCGAAAUUGAAAGGGAUGUACCAGCAUCAGCUGAUCGAUCCCCAGCUGCUUGUAGUGCUGAAUGCGUUGUGUGAAGACACUACUAUUUGUAGUUAUAAGUCGACACACACCUCAAAAGAGUUUAGGAUUGGAACAUCUCUCAUAUCGGGGAACGGAUAUGGUGCUGUGAACUGGGACUUGAAGCUUUUGAAGUUACAAGAUCGCCAGUCCACUUCCAGUUAGGCCACCCUUGACCUAUCUGGGGUCCUGUUGUGACACAAAUCAAACAUGCUCUGAUCCGGCUGUCUUUCAAAUAUAAAAUAAGAAUAGUGGAGAUUCACAUUAAGUGGGCUGAAUCCAGAAGUGUAUCCAUAUGGUACAAACUGCAUGUUAGCACAGUUCACACUAGGGUAGGAGGGUCCUGGGAUAUUAUUUGAUUGAGCUGCCCCAGGGUCUAUUACUGUGGUCACUUAGGCACUGAAAAUAAUGGCACAGCAGAGCCAUUAACCAUAUUUAAGGCUGGAGGGUACCAGCAGUCCACCCAAAGGCCAUAGCAUUUUAGAGACCCCUCUAUCUAGUAAAGAGCUAAAGGCUUGGAGCAAGGUGCGAUAUGAGUGCAAUAAAGAGUAUGCGGUGAAAGCGAGGAAGUUAUUCCAUAGAAUACCUGGGGUC